AUGACAGCAUCUAAUGCACGAUUGGCAGCGCAUAGUAAGACACGAGUAGCCUAUUUUCAUGAUGAAGGAGUUGGCAAUUAUCAUUAUGGCGAACGACACCCUAUGAAACCUCAUCGUUUGACGUUAACAAACCAUUUAGUACUAAAAUACGGCAUGCAUGAUAAGAUGGAAAUAUUUCAACCAAGGAGAGCGACAGAUGAUGAAAUAUUAAACUUUCAUUCAUCAGAUUAUGUGGAUUUCUUGAAAAGAGUAACACCAGAAAACGCAGAUACUUUUGAAAGUGUGUUCCAAAAAUUCAACGUAGGAGAUGAUUGUCCUAUAUUCGACGGUAUUUAUGAUUUCUGUCAACGUUAUGCUGGAGCCACCAUUGAAGCUUCUCGCAAAUUAAUUGCUAAUGGAGCUGACAUCUGUAUUAAUUGGUCUGGUGGUUUGCAUCAUGCUAAAAAGAGCGAAGCAAGUGGAUUCUGUUAUGUUAAUGAUAUAGUUUUGGGCACUUUAGAAUUGUUAAGAUACUUCCCUCGUGUUCUAUAUAUUGACAUUGAUAUUCAUCAUGGUGAUGGUGUUCAAGAAGCUUUUUAUUCAACAGAUCGUGUGAUGACUGUCUCUUUCCAUAAAUACAACGGGGAUUUCUUCCCUGGAACAGGUCAUAUUGAUGAGAUUGGCUCCUCUCUUGGCAAGUAUUAUUCGGUCAACGUGCCUUUAAGGGAUGGUAUUGAUGACGAUGCCUAUAUCUGGCUUUUCAAAGAGGUGAUCGAUGCUGUGAUCAAUCAUUUUGACCCUUCUGCUAUUGUACUGCAAUGCGGUGCUGAUUCUCUGGGAUGCGAUCGGCUGGGUUGUUUCAAUCUUAGUAUUCGCGCUCAUGGGCGUUGUGUGCAGAUUGUUAAGAAUUACAAUAUUCCCAUGUUGGUGGUGGGUGGUGGUGGUUACACAGUGAGGAAUGUCGCGCGGUGCUGGACAUACGAGACAUCAAUAUUAGUAGAUACAACCCUCAGCGAAGAUUUGCCACCAAAUGAAUAUCGAGAAUUCUUUAAACCUGAUUUCAAGUUGCAUCCGGAUUUAAAGGGAAGAGUUGAGAAUCAAAAUGAUCGAACUUAUUUAUUGAAAGUUAGAGAAAGAGUGAUGGAGCAGUUGAGAUAUUUAGACGCAGCCCCAAGUAUACAAAUGCAGGAGAUACCCCCAGAUAUUCAAGGAUUUUUAGAUGGUGAGGACGAACAAAUGGACGAAGAAGAAGAUUCUGAAAUAGGGAAAGAGAGUAGGAAGACCUCAGGUAGAAGUAAGAGGAAAGGCGCCAUAGCCCCCGAUAACGAAUGGUACGAAAAUGAUAAAGACAAUGACGAAACGGAUGAUGAUGACUCAUGGUAG